GAGACCGUUUCGUUAAAGCUACCAUGUAAUGUUUACUUCUUUGGAACAACGGCGUGUCCUCCUUGGUUAACACUGUUAGAGAUUGCAGAUGCGGAGUCUAAUGUCGAAUAAAUCAUUUUUUCCCGGUGAGACAUUCGUUAAAACCACGGAAAUCUAUUUGCAUCGGCGGUAUUAGUGGUUCGUCCUGCGGUCCGUGUGCAUGAUGGCGAUGUUCCGCAGUUUUGUGUCCGCUGCUCAGCUCAGGCAGCAUCAGCAGCAAAAUGGAGCCGCAGCAGCCGCACCUGGGGAAAGCCUGGAGAGCCAGUUUUCCUGUCCCAUCUGUCUGGAGGUCUACCACAAACCUGUCAGCAUCGCAAGCUGCGCCCAUACGUUUUGUGGCGACUGUCUACAGCCGUGUCUGCAGGUGACGUCACCUCUUUGUCCCCUCUGUCGCAUGCCUUUUGAUCCAAAGAAAGUGGACAAAUCCUCCAGCGUGGAGAAGCAGCUUUCUUCAUAUAAAGCACCAUGCAGAGGGUGCAGCAAAAAGGUCACCCUUGUGAAAAUGCGGUCCCACAUUUCAUCUUGCACAAAGGUUCAAGAACAGAUGGCCAACUGCCCAAAGUUCAUGCCUGUGGUGCCCACCUCACAACCCAUUCCAAGCAAUAUUCCAAACCGCUCCACAUUUGUUUGCCCGUACUGUGGAGCUCGCAAUUUGGACCAACAGGAACUAGUGAAGCACUGCAUGGAGAACCAUCGCAAUGACCCCAACAAAGUGGUGUGUCCAGUUUGUUCAGCUAUGCCUUGGGGUGACCCCAGCUAUAAGAGCUCCAACUUCCUGCAACAUCUUCUCCACCGGCACAAAUUCUCCUAUGACACAUUUGUGGACUACAGUAUUGAUGAGGAGGCAGCACUGCAGGCAGCACUGACCCUCUCACUGUCCGAGAACUGAGGGUCUCGCAUCAUAUCCUGUUCCACCGCAUCAAAGAUCUUCUCACCCGUCUCGUUUUAGGCUAAAUAUUUUCCAUCGUUCCUCUGUUUCUCUCCUCUCACUCUACCUCUUCUCUGCUCUACAUUUCCGAGCUACACCCCAGACAGAUCCUGAAGUACUGUAGCUCUCUAACUUGUUUGCCAGUCACUUAAGAUUUGAGAAGGCUUGUCGCUUCCUGUAUUUGAAGGGAAUCAUCUGAACAUCAGCUAACAAUACAAUGAUGGAUGCAAAAAGGUCAGACGAGGGAUUAGAUCUAUGUCACUAUUGCUUGUUCUUGCUGUUGUUUUCUGUGUCACAGACCCUGGUGAUACGGUAAAGAGGGAUCAUCGCUCGACAGUGCGUUAUGUUAUCAGAAGCGUUAACAGAAAGCUGAACUUUGUUGUGAAAAAGUGAACUCUCAUCUUUAGGCAAUACCAGUACAGAAUAGAUCGUUUUUCAUCCUUUAUGGAAUGCCGAGUAUCAUCUGCCAUUUUUUUAUUUUAUUUUUUAAUGCAAGAGCUGAUGUGAAUACUUGCACUCAUCACCGUUUUCUACACGUCUGAAUUCUAGUGUCGUUGUUCUUUUAUAGCUCAGCAACAGAAUAUUGACCGACGGGGCUCUGCGUUUAACUUGCUACAGUAAUAUUUUCUAAGGAGCAUCAGAUAAGAUUCAAAUUUAUAUUUUUGGAAGAAAAAAAAACACCUUUCAGUUUUAAAUGGUGCACUAAUAAUGGUGCAUUCAUAAUAUGGUGUAGUGAAACAUUUCUUCUCCUUUUAAUGUGUCCAUUUGUAGUGUUCAUCAGUAUCACUCAUUAGUGCUGACAAGUCUGGUAGGAGACUUUUUGUUUUUAAAGUAUAGUUCACCCAAAAAUGAACAUUUUGUCAGCAUUUACUCACACUUGACUUGUUCAAAACCUCUCUGAGUUUCUUUUUUCUGUUCAAAAGAUAAGAAUAUUUUGAAAAAUGCUGCUUGCUAGACCCCAUUGACUUGGAAGUUGAUAGACCCUUUCAUACUGUACAGUGAUGGUAUCCAGAAAAAUAUCCAGAAAAUUUCUGUAACGACUUUAAUGGUAAAUUAAAGAAGUGCUGUUCACACAGGCAAGGAGGUUCCGAAAUUUUUCCAGAAAAGACCGUUCAUGCAUCCAAUCCAAAAUAUCGGUAAAUUCUGACUUCAUUAACCAGAAAUGGCCUCUAAACGACUGUGCUUGUAUUUGUAAACAUAAUAGGAGUCAGGCUUUUGUUGAUGUUUUCACUUUUAUUUAAAGCUUUUGCUGCUUUUGCCUCAGAGAUGUCCAGAGGCAGAAGCGCGAACCACAGCAAAAUGUUUCCACAUUUGACUACAUUAUAAAUUCUGUAGAUGGAUAAGUAUUGUGAACAACUUCGAUGAAUACUUUCGCAUGUCGAAAUGUACUCACACGUUCACGAGCGCCACUCUUCUGUUCAGAAGAUAAAAUUAUAUAUCUUCAAAUAUUUUGAAAAAUGCUGCUUUAUGGACCCCAUUGACUUGGAAGUCAAUAUUUAGAAAUAUUUAUAUAAAAGUAUAUAUAGUAUACUAUAGUGUAUUGGUUAUCGGCUUCCAAAUCUUUAGAGUUAUCGGUUAUCGAUAUUGGCUAAAAAAUCCAUAUCCGUGUAUCCCUGACUAACAACUAGCAGCUAAAUGUGUCAUUUACUUUAUAGGCUUUUAUUUUCAUAAACAGCACAUAUGUGAAGCGUCUGAAUGUUUUGAUUGGCUGGAGUAGAUGUCUCACGUCAGCACGUUCUAAAAAUGACAUGCUCUUUCCGGCAAUUUUCUUUCUGCGUUCACACAGAGCAGCAUUCCAGGAAAUUACCGGUAAUGUUUCUUUGCAGAAACUGGCCAGAACGAAUUUACCUGUAAAUUCCAAAAAGGCCUGUUCACACAUGAUCUCUUUAUUUAUUUAUUACCUUCAAUUUUCGGGAAAAGUGUGAAUGGGCUGAUUUUUUCCCAGCAACCAGCAUUCUUCAAAUUAUCUUCUUUUGUGUUCAACAGAAGAAAUGAACUCAUUUAAAAGGGAGAGAAAAUGACGAGAUCAUAUAAAUUUUUGAGUGAACUAUGCGUUUCAUGCUAUUGGGUGCUAUGAUACGGCGAUAAUUCGUUGGAAUGAAAAGGAAAUGUUAGGGAAGGUCCUUUGGUCCUCUGGAAUUAAAGAGAAGAUAUUAAUUUUAUCUGUAAAAUAAACAAGGAUCUUAUCAUUCUUGUGCUGCCACAGAGAAUAUUGUGAAACAUAGUAUUGUUUCAUAUAAUGACCACUAAAUGGUCAAUGAUAGGUUGAUAAGAACAGACCAGCUAGCCAAAUUUUAUUAAUGUAUAUUCAGAAUUAGGAUGUGAAUGAAUACUGAAUUAACAAUUAGUUUAUUGUGAGCAAUACCAACUAGUUUCCCAUGCAUCCACUAAUCCAAACAUUCCAAAGUGAUAGAAGGCACCACAUGAUUAAGCGAAAGUAUUAAGAACGUCCCGGGAAGUGGAAGAGUGUGCUUUUGUAAACUUUGCCCACAUCGUGUACAAAUUCAGAGUGCAAAUUCGGUUGGUUGCCUUUUACUACUGCUAUUAAAGGGUUUCUGUACUUUGUAAGUGUUGAAUUCAAGCCUGUGUACAGUGUUAAGGAGUGCUGAUGUUUAGAUGAGUAUUGGUUUGAUAGGAUUAAGUAUUCGGUAUAGGAAUCUAACGUUCCUACAUGCUUAACCUAAAAAAAAAUGUGUUCCUAUUGCGUUCAUCUCUGCCACAAGCUAUAAAGUAUACCAGGAGCUCACUGUUGGGACUGAAACAUACUCAGCGGAAGUACAUAAAUGUGUAAAAUGCACCAAAAAGAGCUUGUAGUAUUACUUGAUGUUUUUUUCUGUUCUUUCCUUUCUCUGAUAAAAAUGGUUAGUAUUAAAAUAACUCAAACUCAACAUAUUUCAUUGGGAGCAGUCAGUGAUGUUGUUAGUAUUAUAGUGUAGCAACUGUAUAAUAAAAAAAUCUUAUUAAAAUUUAUGUAAUCAUUUGUGUAAAUGUAUAACAUGUUGUCAUGUUUUACUUCACUUACACUCUAAACAAUUAUGUCAUAAUGCAUUGUUGGUUAAAAUAUUGACAAACCCAACCAUUGGGUUAAAAAGGGUUAAAAAAAUGACACCAGCUAUCAACUAUUAACAACAUUAAACCCAAUGUUAGGAUUGUCCAUAUUUGAUCCAAUGUUAGGUUACAACAACUCAGGAUUGUUUAGAGUGUACUAUAGAUCAGUGUUUCCCAACCCUGUUCCUGGAGACACCAACAGUUCAUAUUUUGAAAUCUCCCUUAUCUGACCCAUUCAUUUCAGGUUUUGGAGUCUCUUCUAAAGUUCUGAGGAGUUGAUUCAGGUGUGCUUGAAAAGCAAGCGGUUGAAAAUGUUUGUUGUUGGUGUGCCUUCAGGAACAGGGUUGGGAAACACUGCUAUAGAUAACGCAUCAAGAUUCUCAUCAAGCUGUUGCUCCACCAUUACUUCAGCAACUGAUUGGACAAAAAAGCCCUCAAAUUUCCUCUUUUCAUAUGGUAGCGAAUGCACAUUAGCUUGUAUUAGCUGGCAUUGACACUUUAGAACAAAAUAAUGUAUUAUAUUGUGCUUGCAUAGAUGUUGUUUGCAUUUAUGUACUUGCGUAGUGUGUUACCAGUCUACAACACACUAAAACAAUACUCUGUUGUUUCAACCCAGAAUUUAAAAACAGAUUAGGUUUAAAAUAUAAAUUAAAAUCUAAUUUAAUUAAAACUGAAUAUGCUGUAUUGUCCGUAUUUUUAAAUUGUGGUUGAAACAACCCAGCAUUUUUUAAAAGUGAAGGACAAGCUCCAAGAGUUACUGCGCUUGGUUUGGCAGAUUUGUUUGAUGCUGGUGCAUCAAAUCACUGUUUGUAUAGCUUUGAUAUCUCAAAUAUCAGAUAUAGUGGUUUUGAUAUCUUUAGAGCUAAACUUGGCUAAAGAAUGGAAGACCAUUAGGGCUGGUUGGGAGCAUUUGUUUUUGAAGUUACCAACUUUUUUAUUUUAGAAAAAAGAUGAUUUUUUUUUUUUAAUCGUGAAUCAUUUCUGUGUUGAAAAUGAGUGUUUGUUCAAGCUGUCACAACAGAGCCAUUGUGAUUCUCUCCAUUUUGUGAGUUAUUUUUAUUUAGGAAGGUUAAGCGUGUCACAAUCAUUGUCCAAGCUGAAAUGUAGUGGCCAGGAAUGAAAUACCUGUAAGUUUGAGUUCUGCGUUGGUCUGCAGCAUGAGAGCGACUCAAAAUGACUUUGAAGAAAGGAACAUUUAUGAACUUGUGUAAUUCCAUAAAUAUCUUGCUGUCAGUUUCUAAUCAUUUAGAAAGUGUAAUGUGUAAUCACUUAGAGUGAUCAUUCCUGUAUGGUUUUCUUAAAAGCCAUAGAUGAUUUUGUAUUGAUUUCUUUAAGACUAACACUGUGUCCUAAAGGCAUGAUGAAUUGUAUGUCUUCUGUGCGAAUCUUAACAGCCUGGAUUCAGUUGGAUUUCCAUAGUCAGUGGGAUACUGGCCAUUUUCAUGAUGGUGAAAAAUAUGUUAGGGAUAAUAUACAUUCAGCUGGUUCUUCUCACAGAAUAAAGCUCAACAGGCUUUGCAGGUGUUGUAUAUUACUUAAGGGCUUUAUUCUACAAAAUAACCGGCUGGAUAUACAUUAUCCUGCUUAUUACAUGGCUACUGAAACAUUAAUCUGACUACACUGACUCUUUAAUUAAACAUAAAGCUUGCAGUGAGAUAAAAUGCAGCUUACACUAACCUAUUCAGUCAAGGACAGCAGCGUGUCAGAUGUGUUUAUGAAUAUACCCAUUGCCAAGAUUAUUCGUAGUACCCAGAUGAGCCCGUGUAAUUAGAUUAGAUCUUUCAAGGAAAUGCAACUAUUAUAUGUAUUGUCAGAAGAGUGUCUAAUUCGUCCGAAUUCAAACAAUUUAAUUUGCAUCUACACGGCCAUCUAUAACUUAGUUUUAAUUUGUAUUCAGUUGUAUGAUCUAAUUCAUACGUUUUAGUACGAUUUGCCAGCACAACCUCUAGGCAAUUUGUAACUUUUAGAUUUUUUUAUCACCCAAUGAUGGUUGGAUUUAGGGGCGAGGUUGGUUGCCACACCUCCUUUUUAAAAUUUUACAUUUUUGUAUGACUGAACUUGUACAAUUUUUUUUACGAAUUAGCCACUAAACUGACGUGAACAAAGCAUUAAGCAUGAGUGAUUUACUUGUUAAGUCAAUUCAAAGAUGCGAAUAGACAUCCUGUGGUGUAUUUUGUGCAAAUCGAGUCAUUCGCGCAGCCUCAUUGUCUCAGUUGUGCAUUUUGCAUGUUUAACAACGUGUAUCGCGCGAAUUGCUCGAGUUGGAAAAUCUGAACUUGUUUUUGGUGUCCCGUGUGCUAAUCCUGUUGCCAACACUGCACAAUAGCUCAUCAAACUGGGCUUGGAUCAGUCUGGAGCACCGCUAAAAGCCUCCAUCAUCCAAGUAUAGUUUUUGGAGGAGUUGAUAAACUCACAGAGCUGGUUGCACCUCUGAAAGGAUCUAGUGGAUUCAGACACGGCGCCGAACAAAUCUACAGUGUUAUUCAGUCUUCAUAAAGAACAGCUAUGAUCUCAAUAAAAUCUAUGUUAGCCAUUUAGCAAUGAAACUAGAGUCACCGGGCAAACAGAAGCCCUGCCCAUGAUGCAAAUCCACGUCUAUUGCCUUUUAAAGCGAAUUUGACACGCAAAUGAAGCAAAUUUGACGUGCGAAUGAAGCGAGUAAAUUUAAAAUGUUCGCGCGUCUAUUUACGCAUGAAUAGUGUGAUUUAUUCGCGCAUGCCACGUCUGGUGUGAACACAGGGGACACGCCUCCUUUUAAUAAUCGUAUGUUCACAAGAUCGAAAUCGUCUGAAUUUGUAAAAAUUAACCGCUUUUCUGACAAUACUUAAAAUAGUACAGUAGCGUUUCCUUGUGAGAUCAAGCUGAAGGGGUAGAUAGCCCUUCGAACUGAGAUUUAUCAGGACCACACUCGAAACCAAGGGGUAAGAAAAUUUCCCAUAAGACACCAGCCACAACGGCAGGAUAGCUGCACCUGGAAGUCAGGAGAUCCACAAGUUUGUAUUUUUUUUUUGGCAUUAUUACGAAUUUUUAAAACAAACAAGCAUAUGUUUUAAUAUAUUCAUAACCGCUUUCGUGUGUUACCGUCAUGCUUUAAAAAACAAAACAAAUAAAAAACGCUAAAUUUUGCAAUCUAUAAUCCAGAAUAAUAACUCUUGUAAAGCAGUCCCACAACAUUCUGACUCUCGAUGACACUCCAAUACCCUGUCAGAAAAGUCUAGAACUCAUAUUAAUUUUAGUAAAAAUUAACCACUUUUCUGACAAUACUUAAAAUAGUCCAGUAACGUUUCCUUGUGAGAUCAUGCUGGUCAAACUGAUGUCAACAGAAAAGGACCACCACUCCACACAUGGAAACAAAUAGUACGAUUUUGCUUGAAGGUUACCAAAACAAACUUUUCUUUCAGCAGAUUAACUUGCAUGGAUUAAUUGUUCACCUAAAGUGUAACAAUGGGCGCAAAAUAAACAUUGUAAAUUUUGACUUCACACAGACUUUAAGGUCUUCAAAGAGACAAAUAAGAUCACGUCUCAUUAGGACACAGUGUUACUUGUCAUUUGUCUUUUGAUGUGCAUUUGUACUGAAAACAGGCCGAUUAUAAUUGUCUAUGGCCUUCUGGGUAAUGUUGGAAUGUCCUUGUUGCUAUUUAUUAAGAGGCCCAUAAAGAGGCUUAUACAUUUAUAGUAUAAGUGAUCAUUUAUCUUUUCUUUUUGUUAGAUUGUACAUAAAAUGGCAACACUGCCACUUUUUUUGUGGCGUAUGUUGAAAUUUGGAUUAAGGUGUGAUCACCUUUUCUGCUAAGAAGCAUGUUAAAUCAUUGCACUUUAACUCAAAUGUCGUUUGAUGAUUGAGUAGGAAUUUUGUUCCAGUUAUUUAGUGUAACUGCCACAAGAGGCAGGUGAAUCUGUCAUGUCGUUGUGUGAAAAGAAAAAAAACAUGGUAGGUCGAGUUCAGAUAUUAGCUCAUUUCAGUAAUUGGUCAUUUGCAAAAAAAUAAACCUUACUGAAACAAAGCAGUGAGAAUUUGUCAGUAGCUGCCAAACGAGAAUUGCCUACUGAACAUGUGUUGACUGUAUUUUGGUGGCAAAGUGUUUUUCAUUGGCUUCCCUUGGGGAUUUACAUGGUGUCAGUAUUUUAUGGGCUUGCUCUGAAAGAAUAACAUGAGAUUGAGGACUAGACAGUAGAAAAAAAGACAAGAGUUUCCUGGUUUAUCCCAGUGUUUUUACUUAAUGAUGUUUUUUUUAUGUGUCUAAAUAUAUUGCUCAACAAUAUUCAUGUGCACAGCUGUAGCAUAGUACGUUUUUUUCUCUCUCUCUUUUUUUUUUAAGUGAAACUUUUGAUAUUGUACAACACAGCUCUCCAGUUCUGAUACCUUUGAGAAUGACCUUAAAAUGUAUAUUUUUCACUCUUUUUGUAUUGUAACAUAAAUGCAUACCGUCACAGAUUAAACAUACUGAACAUACUCCUGCAUUUGCUGUGUUGGUUGAUGGCCGUCCACCAGAACAAUACGGGAUGGAUGGCUCUCUGUGUAAAGGAGAAAAGACUCAGUGGAAUACAGCGGCUUACAUCUUUUGGGAUCAUAAACGUUAGAUGCUUGAGAAAGAAUCUCUCUGGACUCAUUAUGGACUUUUGGAUUCAUGCAUCCGCUCUGCAGCAGGAAAAAAAACUGUCCUUAAGCUGCGGACAGAGGGCGCCACUGUAGGACCUGCGUUUGUGUGUUUGCUAAGUGUGAUUUAUGCAUUCACAACUAUGAAUAAUAAUGAGAUAACAGUAAUAAUGCUGAUGUUAAUGAUGGUGUGCAUUUUUGAAGCUGUAAUACUGACUGAGGUUUAAUAAGAUACUUACACAGUGUAUUUGUAGCAGUUUCCCCCUUAAUAAAAAUUCAGAUUCACCCAUC